CCCGGCUGGAGACGGUGGCGCUGCCCGAGGAAGACAUGUUCGCCGUCACCGUCACCUGGGUGCUCAGCGGCUCGCAGCUGGCGUUCCGGAUCAUCGGCGAGCAGCAGGACCGCCUGGAGGACCUGCUGUCGGAGAUAGAAGUCAGCCUGCUGGACAACCGGCAGCCAGUCAGCCCCAUUAUCGGCGGCUUCUACCUGGCUCAGGUGGACGGUACGCCGCACCGGGUCCAGGUGACCGAUAUCCUGGACGACAUGGUGUCGGCGUUCUUCGUCGACAUCGGCGACACGGAGCUGGUGUCGGCGCGCAGCCUGAGUCCGUUGGACGCGGCCCGGUUCGGCCAGCUGCCCGGGCAGGCCCUGCACGCGACGCUGAGUGGCGUGGACGGCGACCGGCCGGGCGCGCGCGACGCCCUCAGCCGGCUCGCGCUUCGCAAGAGCCUCAUGUGCCAGGUGGUGGAGGCCGACGACAGCCGCCUGGAGGUGGUGCUGUUCGACACAUCCGGCGAUGACGACAUCAAUAUUAACAGCACGCUGCGCGAGCUGGCCGAGGCGGACACGCCGCCCUCGCUGCCGCCGGCGGGCGGCAUCGUGGACGCGUUCGUGGUGCACGUGUCGGCCCAGACGGGGGACGUGUUCGUGCAGCUGGACACGGCCGACGCGCACGAGGUGUGCGAGCGCGUGGCGGCGGCCGGCGAGGCGGCGUCCGCGGCGCCGGCGGCGCCCGUCCCGGCGGCGCCCGGCACGCUGCUGCUGGCCCGCUACUCGGACGGCAGCUGGUACCGGGCGUGCGUGCAGGCGCCGCCCCAGCAGGACACGGCGUCUGUCCUGUUCGUGGACUACGGCAACACGUCGGUGGUGCCGCUCUCGGAGCUGCGCGCGCUGCCGGCCACGCUGCGACACCCGGCCCAGGCGCUGACCGUCCGGCUGAGCGGCGUCCAGAUGACCGACGGUGCUGCGCUCCGGCUCACGGAGAUGGUGCCGAGGGACGGCACACGGGUGGUGCUCCGCGUGACCUCCAAUCCGGCCGCCGGCGUCCCCGAGGUUGAGGCGUAUAAGAGGCUGGAGAACAACGAGCUGGUCUCCAUCAACGCCACGCUCGCCGUCGAGGCGCACAUGUCCAGCCGGGCGGACCGCGUCUCCCGACAGUCUUCCACGGCUUCGGCGGCGGCGGCGGCGCCGUCCGUCUCUCGCCAGUCCUCGACGGCCUCGCUGCCGGCGGCGGCGGCUCCUGCGCGCGGCUCCCCCAGCCCCACGGAGCAGCUGCUGCGGCUGGCCUCGCCCCGGCCGCCGCCCGACGCCCAACCCGCGGCCGACGCCGCGCUCGGCCGGCUUCAGCUGCAGCCCGUCGAGCAAUACCGCGUACAGCGCGACGGUGACGGCUACCUCGACGUCACCGUCUCCUUCUGCUCCAGUCCCUGGAACAUAUACGUUCAGCCUUACCUGGAGGGCGGCAAGCUGCGUGCCCUCAUGCACGCCAUGCAGGAGCACUACAGCCAGCCGGCGAACGUGCAGCCGCUGCGGCCGGACGCCGUGGCCGGCGGCCAGUUCUGCGCCGUCAAAAACCCGGAGGACGAGCUGUGGUACAGGGCGCGCGUGGAGACCCGGCUCGACAACGACCAAGUGACUAUCAAGUUCGUCGACUUCGGCGACUUCAGCUACGUGCCGCUGGAGCCGGGCCGCGUGCAGCCGCUGCCGGCCGCCUUCCGGCAGCUGCCGGCGCAGGCGGUCAAGGCGCGCCUGGGCGGUGUGCGGCCCGCCGACUCCGACUGGACGAUCGACGACUGCAUCGCGUUCCAGCGGCUGCUGGGCGCCGGCGUGUUCGUGGCCGAACUGCUGGAGCUCUCCGUGGACACGAUCACCGGCGAGCAGCUGAUCCUGGUGCGGCUGGUGGACACGAGCGAGGCCGAGGACGUGUUCGUGGACCGGGUGCUGGUGGCGGCCGGUCAUGCCGUGCACACGGGACAGUACUAUGCAUCCUGAGGACGCUGCCGUUGGGCCGCGCCGCCGCCUGUGAUAAUCUGCUCGGGGAUGGGGGAGGGAGCGGUCGGCCGGGCCGCCGCGGCGCGUGUUGACGACAGCUAUCGGGCUGACGCUGGGCCGACGGACGGUCUGACGGGCGGCAUCGGAGGAGAGGUGAGGCUCGUCGGUCCCCGUCGGAAGUCACCGACGGACCGGCGUCGGCCAGCAGCAAUACUCUUGAAUGCGCGCCAGUGCGCGCCACUGAGCCGCUGGGCCAGCGCGGCAGCUGGGGCACGCUCUAUUGCUAGGUGUAGUUAUCUCUGUGACGACGAGACAAUAGUAUGUACGAUAGCGCUGAGGGGCCAGAUGCCGCGCUGGGGGGUCACGGGUCUGGCGAAGCGAAGGAGAUGGAUAAUACGCUCGUUUGUGUUGAUUCAGAGUUUAAUACAUUUUCGCACCAUGACCAUCA